ACUAAAUCGUCGCCCAAGUAUCACCGCAAUCUAUAGGUGCACCGGUUCUGUGAUAACGCAAGGCCCCUCAAGUACUUCCUCGUGAUCGCGAGCACAGGCGCGGUCCAAGUCCGAUCGGGCGCGAUUUCCGCACCCCACCACCGCUAUACCAGCACCGGCACAAUGCAUGCAGGGGCUUUUGGUACUCCCGCGUUGGCUGGAUGACUGUCAGGCCGCGAUACAAGCCCGAGCUCUCCUAUGGUUUGGUCCUGCCCACCGUCAUUGGCGGGCUUGGCUGGGGUGAAUGGAAGGGCAGAUCAUUCUUCGUUGGUGCAGCUCGUCUGUACUUUGCUCACCGCUCCACUUUCUGCGUCAACUCGCUCGCACACCGGCUGGGCGAGACUCCCGUCGUUGACGACAUACACACGCCGGGAAUCCACUUCAUUAUCGCGCUCCUCACUGUUGGCGAGGGCUACCACAACUUUCGUCACCAGUUCCCGAUGGACUACCGGAAUGCGAUCAGGUAG